AUGGAGUCCACCGCAGAUUUUCCCCCGUUCCAGGAACGGUUGACGUCCACUUUGGUGCAGGUGACGCGCACCGUUGGACAGCUUUCUGCGGAGGAUUUGAAUUUCCACCGGACCUCGAGCGCCGAGGUCUCGGAAUCCCUGGAUGAGCAAAGCGAGAGACUGCUGUCGUUGACGUCCUCAAUCUUGAAGGCUGCCACGGCCGGAACAGAUCUGCCGGCCCCUACUCUGCGUGAUGAGGAUUCCGUCGAAGAUAACUGGCGUGGGGUUGUGGACGUAAUCGAUGCGCUGCUCGAAAAGGCAGAUGCUUGUCUGGAUGAAUUCACCGGAGUCAUCAAGAAACUGAGCCCAACACAGCAGGAGCAAAGCGCAAAGGCUGCCGCCGCCGCCGCAUCCAGAAAGGCCGCCGCUGCCAGGUUCCCUUCCGCUUACGACUUUGGUCCGUCGAAAAUCCCCAAACCGCAAUUAUCCUUUCAGCGUCUUCCCGACAAUACCGAUGUAUCUCCUUUCAAGCCUCUACUCCGCACCAAGCCGCAUGCUGUGGUAUCACUGGAGGAAUCCUUGGAGGCGACAGAGCCCGCUGGGGUUUACAAGAACCCAUACGAAUUCGAGAUCCGGGCUGCCAAAUAUCCCGAGUCGACAUACACCGUCUUGCCCCCAGUCGAAUACCUGCCAUUUGAGUCGACAACUGCGACGUUCGUGGAUACCCUGGAAGGGGUGAAGGAGAUGCUGAGUGAGCUCAAAUCGGCAAAGGAAAUUGCUAUCGAUCUGGAACAUCAUGAUAUGCACUCGUACCAUGGUCUGGUCUCGCUGAUGCAGAUCAGCACUCGGGACAAGGAUUGGGUCGUUGACACGUUGAAGCCGUGGAGAGAAGACCUGCAAAUUCUCAAUGACGUGUUUGCGGAUCCUGCAAUCCUCAAAGUUCUGCACGGCUCGUCCAUGGAUAUCAUCUGGCUCCAGCGGGACCUUGGACUGUAUGUCGUGGGCAUGUUCGAUACCUACCACGCUGCCUGCGCCUUGAACUACCCGAAGCGGAGUUUGAAGUUUCUUCUUCAGAAGUUUGUCAAUUUCGAAGCCGACAAAAGAUACCAAAUGGCCGAUUGGAGAAUCCGCCCCCUCCCAUCCGGAAUGUUUGAUUACGCCCGCUCUGAUACCCAUUACCUCCUCUACAUUUACGACCACCUUCGCAACGAAUUACUAGAAAACUCCACACCUGACCACAGUCUCAUUGAUUACGUUUCCGAACAGUCAAAGAACGAAGCUCUGCAGCGCUACGAGCGUCCUGUUUACGAUGCUGGCACAGGACAGGGACAGGGGGGGUGGUACGACUAUUUGUAUCGCACCCCCGCUGUAUUGAGUAAGGAGCAAUUCGCCGUCUUCAAAGCUGUGCACCAGUGGCGCGACGAGGUCGCACGUGAGGAAGACGAGGGUGUGCAGUGUGUGUUUCCCAAGCAUGUUCUCUUCAAAAUUGCGCAAAGCAUGCCGCUCGAUCAGGGUACUUUGUUCAGGACCUUGUCUCCAAUGACACCAAUCGUCAGAGAUAGGGCAGCGACUCUUCUGGAAGUCAUCAAACAAGCCAAGAUUGAGGGAGCUACAGGACCUGAGUGGCGCGACGUUGUUCGGCCGAAGCCCACAGGAACCCAAGCUACACUCGCGGCGGGCGCCGAACAGGGUCUUAUGACACCCCCCAGCGCCGAGGCGGGCGAGUUCCCAACUGCUGCUCGCUAUGAAGUUUCUCAGUUCUGGGGACCCGUACUGGACACCCAGUCGCCGCUCACACCCCCUGAAUAUGCUGCCGUGGCCUCGGCCGAGGCUCUACGUCUUUCCCUUCCUCUUCCACCCAUGCCCAGGACAGUAUCGGAAGCUCGCGAGAAGCUUGGCGAUGCUGCUCCCGCCAAGCCAGCUGCUCAGCCCGCGGCAGCACCUGCUCCUGUCCCCGAAGACGACAGCCACAAGGUUUUCACUGUCAAGGAACUCGGCGGACCGCGUAAGCGUAAAGCAGUACCGGCAGCAACAGGCGAGCGUGCGCCGUCGCUCGGGUUGGAAGACAUUAAAAUCGACGACAGCCCUUCGUUGGAGCCAUUGGAGAAGCCGACCAAGAAACAACGCCAGAAGAACAAGAAGAAUAAGUCGCGAUCGCAGUCCGAAGGAGAUGCGCCAGAAGAUACGCCUUUCAACUAUGAGACUGCAGAUUCUGUCCUGCACGCUCAGCCCGCACAGGCGGAACGGAGCUUCGUGUCCAGGAAACAUUUCAGCCCGUACGCCAAGGCAAUGGAAGCGCCUGCUGCUGCGCGUAAACAGAAACGAGAGAUCGCCGGCAAGACGUUUACAUUCCGGUGA